UUCGAAACAUUGACAAGCCUUUGAAUUAUUUGAAUUAGCCUUCUUGAAUUUUUGAAACAUAAAGAUGUCUAACUUUAAUCCCUAUGAUGAUGAUCCAUUUGGUAUCACUUCUUAUAAUACAACUGCAAAUGUUACAACAACAACAACAUUAACACCUACUAUUAAUACUAAUUCUACAUACAAUACUACUAAUAAUGCUGCUAAUAGUAAUAAUAACAUAUUUAAACCACGUGCUUUUACAACAUCUCCAAAUAAUCAACCACAAUUUAAUUCAAAUUAUUUUCAAUCAUCAAAUAUCAAUACUAAUUAUAAUAAUAACAUGAAUACACCAACUCAUUACAACAAUAAUAAUACAUUAACAUCACCUAAUAGUAAUAUUGGUAUUAUUAAUAAUCCAACAUCAACACCUAAAAGUCCAUCCUAUACAACACCUAGAAGAUCAACUAUUGGAUUUGAAGAUGAUUUUUCUGAUACAACUAUUACAACACCAUUAGAUACUAAUUUUACAAUUGAAUCAUCUGAUUUCUUUUUAUCAUUGGGUUCAUCUCCAUCUCAUAGACAUACUCUCAGUGGUGCAAGUACUAAUACAAUUAAUACUUCACCUCAAUUAAUGCCAUCUUCUAAUAUUAAUAUGAAUAUGAAUCAUCAUUUCAUAACUUCACCUAGAAGUGUUAUGAAUAAUACAAUGUCAACUGGUAAUACUCAAAUGAUGAGUAAUAAUAAUAGUAAUAAUGGUGGUGGUGCUCAAAAUUCAUUCUGGAAUAAUACAUCAUCUAAUGUCAUUACAGGUACUAAUACAUCACCUAUUUAUUCAAAUGUUAAUAAUACACCACGUCAAAGUAUUGCAAAUUCAAAUGAAUUUAUGAAUCCUUAUAAUAAUAAUACUACCACUACUACUACUACUACUACAAUUGGUAAUAAUAAUAAUAAUAAUAUUGAAAAUCCAUCUAUUAGUUCUGUUAAAUCAAUUGAAAAACAAAGUAAUACUACUAUGAAAAGAAGAAGUAGAACAAUGUUUGAAUCCAAUAAUAGAAAUAAUAACUUUUCAAAGGAUUUAUUAGAUUUUAAUCCUUUUUCUACUAAUACUACUAAUAAUAAUACUAAUACUACUACUACUACUACUAAUAAUAAUAAUAAUACAAUUACAAAUUCAAAUGAUAAAAGUCAACCUACAAGUAAAACACCAUUUGAUUUAUUAGAUUUAAAAAAUUCACUUCAAGAAUAUGAUGAAUUAUCAGGUGAAAGUAGUCCAGUUAAUUCUAGACCAAAAAGUAUGAAAUUUUUAAAAUCAAAUUUUGAUCAUUUUGAUUCAAAUUCUUCCAAUAACAAUAUUCGUAAUUCUAUUAAUAGUAGUAAUACUAAUGAUGAUUCAUCACCAAGUACUACUAAUUCAUCCAUUUCCAAUUCAAAUAUUAAUAAUAAUAAUAAUACUAAUAAUAAUAAUACUUCCAAUAAUACCAUAAAUACUAUUUAA